AGAAUAGUUGUCCAUCUCAGCAGCUCAACAUAUAUGGUAUGCACACACACACAUCCUUCCCCGUCAGCGCACGUAUCUACAUAUUACUACUGGUCAUCUUGAACGAGGAACCCAAUUGAACCCUUCUUCUCAACGAUUUUCCGAUGAUGACGAACUUUUCCUGCUACCUCGAAAAUCGUCUUCCACCCGAACUGCUCAUUCCCAUCUUGACUCACCUACCAGACCUUGAGUCGCUCGACAGCUUUCUUAGAGCAUCGCCAGCCGCAUACCGAGUUUUCGACACCCAGAGUAUGCAAAUCUUCACGACGGUCUUAUCCUCCGGCAGCACCCACACAUACACCUGCGCACUGAUUCGCAUCAUUGCUCUCAUACGAGCCAACGCGUUACCGUCUACGGUCCACGAUCUGAUCACCUUGAAAGAUCUCAUCAGACACGAGACAUCCCCGCAUCGUUGGACCCCGCCACGAUGGGUCCAUCCACCUACGAGCUUGCCAUUGGACCUACCAACAGCCAUCAUACGUGAGCUUCUCGCCGUGAAUCGAAACAUUCAACGCCUUACUUUUGGUUGCCUCGAGUAUUACUUGGACCGGUUCACGCCUCUGAAACCUUUCAACUCAGCAGCGUUCUCGUUUGACAGCACGAGAUUCAGCGACGAUGGCAUAGGGCCAUGGGACGACAAAGCAGCCGAUACCAUUUACUACUACCCCGUCCACGACGUUGGCCCACCUUCUUGGCUUGAGCAGCAGCGUGUUCUUCGAGCUUUCUGGCGCAUUCAGCUAUCUCACGAUCUUAACGUCGCCCUGGAAGCUGCGCGUAUUGUCCUGACAGACGGAUGGGAAGGAUUGAACGCACAACGCACAAGUCCGGCAGAAUUAUGUGACGUUCCAAUCCAAUUGGGAUACCAUCCAACAGAAGAUUGCGAAAUCAGUGAGCUGCUGUUGGACACUCGCAGUAUCAAUGACUCCGAGACAAUCCUCGAGCAGGAGUUGCUCGAAUCAGCGACGCAAUACAGGCAAGAUGCCGCAGAUCUGAUCGCCGAGUCUAAAUAUUGGCGAUUCAAGAAAGACUGGGCAAUUUGUUCUACACUAACAGACCAGCAAUGGGAGAUCCUAGAUAACACUCACCGUUCUGACAUGUGGUAUUUCUUCCAGCUUCUGGCGGGAAGUUGUCAAGUGCACGAUUAUUAUUUUCGGUCACCACUACAGCAUGCUAAAUUCGAACUGUGGCGCCCCUUCGGAUUCGCAAUCUGGAGCACUUCACGGAUGGCAGGAUACGGGCUUCUAAUGCCUACAUCGUGGUAUGCGGCGGGAGUUGGAAAGCCAUUUUACGAGGCGUGGAGGAACCUUCUAACACAGGAGCAGCUUGAUGCAGUAGAGGAAGAGAGCAAGAGAAAAGAGGAGGAGCUUUCAGGACCGCGGCCUCCUGGAAUUUUAUACUGACUAUCAUGAAGGCCAGCCUUCACUGAGCUACCUAGCACACAGUCUCUCAUCACGAUCCCUUCUUGCAAAGUGAACAAAUGAAGUGACAUUGCAAUCAGACAGAGCAUCCUGGAGAUUCCUCAGGAGAACACGCAGACAACAACAAGUGCAUUCAUUUCGAUGUUAAAAUCUGUUUCAAAUGCUCUCAUGUUCUUUGUCGCCCGAGCAAGAAUUGGUUCAUAUACUUUGGACUUGAACAUUUCACUAAUUCGUUGCAUCC